AUGGACAUUCGUCUGGCAAAACGCCUCAAACCAGUCCUUUUUGAGCACGGCUCCGGAACCCAGCCCUGCAAGAAGAUCAACCACGCCAAGGGCCACGAGUUCAGCUGGGAUCCCGAAGAUGACAACUCGAACAUGCACUGUCUCUCGCUGUUCCGCGACGAUAGCUGCGCCUCGCAGGCCGGCAAGACAAGUACACCAACUGCUACUGCCACUUCACAGCCGCAGUCCAGUUCAAUAGCAGGUUUGUCCGGCGGCGCGAUUGCAGGUAUCGUCAUCGGUUCCGUGGUCGGAUUCUUCCUCAUUGCAGGGUUGCUGUGGUUCCUGUAUCGUCGCACGUCCGUCCCUCCUGGCGAAGUCGCUCCAACUCCAGCUCCAGCUCCAGCUCCCGACGGGGGAUACCCCCCUUCCUUUUGCUCCUUUUCCGCAGGUCACAGUAACACCAUUCGAGAAGCCAGCAGAUAG